CAAACAUUUGUCUCGCAUGUGAAGCAAACGGAUCUCGAGUGCACCGAUAGGUCUCAAUCAGUGGACGAGAAUUAUAUUCACCAACAGUCACCCGAUGGUGCCGUGCGAGUGAACGGCACUCCACCCAAACGAUUACACGUCAGUAAUAUUCCCUUUCGAUUCAGAGAUCCAGACUUAAGGACAUUGUUUGGGACUUAUGGCCAUAUUCUGGACGUUGAGAUCAUAUUCAAUGAGCGCGGAUCUAAAAUUACUUAUCCCGAAACCAAAGCAUUGCAAACGGUUAAGCCUACUGCGGCUGUCUCGUGCCCUACGUGA